AUGGCAUGGUCCGUUGACUCAACGGGAUUGGAAGCGGACCAUACCCAUACCCACGCAUACGACGUGGUAGACACUUCCCUGCAGAACUCGGGCCGGCAAUUCAGCUGGGCAGCAUCUACAGGGGUACGGAUAAGCCCUGCUGGUGUAUCUUCCGCCUCGUACCUCGUACCCAAUGGCAGUGAUGCUUCACUGCCAGAAAUGCACCUGGAAGCUUCACAAUUGAGCCUUGCCACGUCACCUUGCGUCCACCACUCACACGAAAACGAGGCUUCAUGGGAACAGUUUCACGCACCCUCGUAUUGGAACCUUGGCAGUUCACCUUCUGCCCGCCAUGCAAAUCAGAAUGAGGAUGCCUUUGCGACUAUGAAUAAUUCGACCCGACGUGAACGCUUUUCCCUCAAUUCAUCCGUGCGAGUCCCUAGUGACGUUACAAACACGGCGGCCAAUCACGCAUGGAACCCUCCAGAUAUCCGACUGGCUCAAAAGAAUGACCAACCUUAUGUGUAA